CUGGCUGGCUGCCGGCGGCGGAGGGAGGCGGGCAGGCGGAGAGCCGCCCCCGCUCUUCUCCGGCGCCGGCCGGCGAGCAGCCCGCAGAGGGACGCGGGUCGGCGGGAGCGGCUCCCGCAUAAAAAAUGGCAUUUCAGAAGGCAGUGAAAGGAACUGCUCUCAUUGGAGGAGGUGCCAUAGCAACAGUUUUUGGCCUCUCUCAAUUUUCUCAGUAUAGAAACAAACACGGUGCCUUGGUGCAGGUGCAGGCUGCAGAAUGUGCUCUAGUGAGGAAGGAGCAUCUCCCCAGCAGGGAGCAGCAGCUGCAGGCCCUGCAGAGCAGCGGGGAGUUCGAUGUGCUGGUCAUUGGAGGGGGAGCCACGGGCUGUGGCUGUGCCCUGGAUGCAGCCACCAGAGGACUAAAAACAGCCCUUCUAGAAAGAGAUGAUUUCUCAUCAGGGACCAGCAGCAGGAGCACUAAAUUGAUCCAUGGAGGGGUGAGGUACCUCCAGAAGGCCAUCAUGAAGCUGGAUUUCGAGCAGUACAGGAUGGUGAAGGAGGCUCUGGAGGAGCGAGCACACCUGCUGAAGAGUGCACCCCACCUCUCAGCCCCGCUGCCCAUCAUGCUGCCCAUCUACAAGUGGUGGCAGCUGCCCUACUACUGGGUUGGCAUCAAGCUGUAUGACCUGGUGGCUGGCAGCCAGUGCCUGAGGAGCAGCUACGUGCUGACCAAGGCCCGAGCCCUGGAGCUGUUCCCCAUGCUGCGCCGGGACCGGCUGGUGGGAGCCAUCGUCUACUACGACGGCCAGCACAACGACGCGCGCAUGAACCUGGCCAUCGCGCUGACGGCCGCGCGCUACGGCGCCGCCACCGCCAACUACACCGAGGUGCGGCAGCUGCUGAAGGCAGCGGGGCCGGGCGGGCGGCAGCGCGUCUGCGGGGUGCGCUGCCGGGACGUGCUCACCGGGAAGGAGUUCGAUGUCAGAGCCAAGUGUGUGAUCAACGCCACGGGGCCCUUCACGGACUCGGUGCGCAAGAUGGACGAUGAGCAGGUGCCCAACAUCUGCCAGCCCAGCGCGGGCGUGCACAUCGUCAUGCCUGGCUACUACAGCCCUGACAACAUGGGGCUGCUGGACCCGGCCACCAGCGAUGGCAGAGUGAUCUUCUUCCUGCCCUGGGAGAAGAUGACGAUCGCAGGGACCACGGACAGCCCCACAGACGUCACCUCCCACCCCAUCCCCACCGAGGAGGACAUCAACUUCAUCCUGAGCGAAGUGCGCAACUACCUGGGGCCGGACGUGGAAGUGAGAAGAGGAGAUGUGCUGGCAGCCUGGAGUGGCAUCCGGCCCCUGGUCACCAACCCCGACUCCAAGGACACGCAGUCCAUCUCCCGGAACCACGUGGUGACCGUCAGCGACAGCGGCCUCAUCACCAUCGCAGGUGGGAAGUGGACCACGUACCGAGCCAUGGCCAGGGACACCAUCGAUGCGGCCGUCAGGGAGCACAGCCUGCAGGCAGGCUCCUGCCAGACCAUGGGGCUGCAGCUGGAGGGGGCUCUGGACUGGAGCCCCACGCUCUACAUCAGGCUGGUCCAGGACUAUGGGCUGGAAAGUGAGGUGGCUCAGCACCUGGCUUCCACCUACGGGGACAAGGCUUUUGAGGUGGCCAAAAUAGCCCAGGUGACAGGGAAGAGGUGGCCUAUUGUUGGGAAACGUCUGGUGUCUGAAUUUCCUUACAUUGAAGCUGAGGUGGUGUACGCGGUGAAGGAGUACGCGCGCACCGCCGUGGACGUCAUCUCCCGCCGCACGCGCCUGGCCUUCCUCAACGUGCAGGCUGCCGAGGAGGCACUGCCCAGGAUCGUGGACAUCAUGGCCAAGGAGCUCAACUGGUGUGACCAGAAGAAGAAGGAGCAGCUUGAAGCUGCUAGAACAUUUCUGUACUACGAGAUGGGCUACAAAGUGAAAACAGACCAGUUAACAGACAGCUCUGAGAUCACCCUGCAGCCUGCAGACAUUGAGAGGUACAAGAAGCGCUUCCACAUGUUCGACAAGGACAAGAAGGGUUUCAUCACCAUCCUGGACGUGCAGCGUGUGCUGCAGAGCAUCAGCGUGCAGAUGGACGAGAACACCCUGCACGAGAUCCUCAACGAGGUGGAUCUCAACAAGAACGGGCAGGUGGAGCUCAACGAGUUCCUGCAGCUGAUGAGUGCCAUCCAGAAGGGCCGUGUGUCGGGCAGCAGGCUGGCCGUGCUGAUGAAGAGCGCCGAGGAGAACCUGCGGCGGCGCCAGGCCAUCCCCGUGGACCGCAGCGGGGGGGGGCUCUGAGGGGGCUCCUCAUCCCCCCCGGGGCUCCCCAGCCCCCCCGGGGUUCCUCGUGCCCCUGGACAGCUCUCCUGAAAGACUCUGGUGCGUUUGUCAUUGUCUCCUUCAUUAAUGAUCUCCUUACUGCUCUGGGACGUGGCCGUGGGGUGGGGGGGUCCUGCAGUGCCGGGGGUGCAGCAGUGCAGGUCCUGCAGUGCCAGCUGUGCUCCCAGAUGUGCAGCAUUCAGGAUCCUGCAGUGCCAGGUGUGCUCCCAGCUGUGCAGGUCCUGCAUUCCAGCUGCCCUGCAGGGGUUUGGGUGCUCCCUCAGGCACACCCUGCCUUGCCCAUUAACCCUUUCAUCACCGUCAGGGCACACGGUGCUCAGGGUGAAUCCUGCCCUGCACACGCUGAGUUCUGCACACACAAAAUCUCGACAAGCAGCAGGAGGGGGAAGGCUGUUCUGGAGUGGGGGAACACACCCAGCCCUUGCUGGGCUGCUGGACACCUGUCCUGAGCCUCCUGUGGGUGAUGGGCUUGCCCUGGUACCCACUGUGCCAGUGCUUGGCCACUCAAAGUGCAGCUGGCAGGCAAGACACCUGCAUUAGUCACCCCAGGUAAUAAUGUAGCUGGAAGCUGGGAUCAGCUUCCCUUGUCUCCUGUUAACACAAAUAAACUGCCUCUAAUACAUGGCACUGGCUGCAGGUGCUGCUUUGUGCAGUGAAAUAAAGGCUAAAGGUGUUUUAUGCUAAAAGUGCUUCAAGGUUGGGGCAGACCCUGAUGAUGGGGCAGGUUCUGGUAGCACAACAGUCUUAAAAUAUUAAUUUAAAAAUGCUCAAACACAGUGAAAAAAGCCCACAAGUGUGUGUCUUGCAUCCUGCUAACUUUUCUAGGAAAAAGCAGCUGUUUUUCAGCAGGUUGAAUGAGGAAACCAAAGCCUGGAGCCCUCCCUGGAGCUGUCUGCUGCACUGCUGCCCUGCCUGUGGUCCUGCUGCUGCUGGGAGUUCUGCCUGAUGCAGAACAAGGCAGGCAAAUCUGGUUUGCUGCUGCAUUUGGCAUCUGCUGUAUUCCCUGAGCACCUCAAUCCAAGCCUCGCUUCCCAGGGGUCAGAAUUCCUGCUGAAGUAAAAUUUGAUGUGUUUAACUGGUAUCACCACGUGCACUGGUGGGAAAUAGCAGGGCAGGAGUGAGCAGCAAGGAUUCCUUGGAUGUUUUGUCAGGGAAGAUGGCUCAGACCCAGUGGAGAUGCUGAGCAGGGCUGGGAUGUGCUCAGGGAGGGCAGAUGCUGUGUGGCUGCAGAAACAGAGCCCUUCAAAAAGAUAUGAAACAUUCAGGUGUUGAAAAAUAGCAGAUACAAAAGAAAAGGGCAGGAGUGACCUAAAAUGAGUUCCUGAAACAGUUCAGAUGGUUUUUGCAUGUCCAGUUUGGUUUUUUGGUGCUGGUGUUGUUCAGGUUCUGGCUUUGUGCUUCGAGCAGGGGCUGAGGAAGGGGGUUGGCACUCUGACACCACAGGGUGUUUGAGUGAGCACAGGGGGUUUGUUCCUGUGCUCCUGGAGGCUUUUCCUCCUGAGCUGGCUUCCAGAAGGUUCAGGUGAAGGAUGGAAUGCUCGUGUUUCCAACCCCACAGUGACAGAUUUCACACAUCUGCAGGGUGGAGGGAAAUGAAUGUGUAACACACAGUCAUUCUGGCUCACUGGAUGAGGGAAGGGCUUCAGGAUUCCACUACUGACAAAAGUUUAAAGGGAAAAAAAACAAGUCACAAGACCUUUUCCAGCCUAUGUGAAGAAAAAAUAUUUCCAAUAUUGAACUGGUUUUUUGUAAAUAAAAAAUAUUUUCACUGUUGAACAGCUUUUGUACAGUUUAAAGAGAAAUUCUCCACUGGCAUUGUUAAAAUAAUAACCUGAAUUUACCUGGAAAGCAGGGUUUCUGUGUUGUACCCAAAGUAUGCUCUCUGUUCUCUGUUUUGCUGAUCCUGCAUCUGGAAUGUGGCUGUGGGUUCUGUGAGUCCCUGGGCAUGGGUGUGCUUUGUGUCCCAGGCAUUUGUGUCACCUCCUGCUGCCCUGCAGUGACAGGGCCAGCUGCAUGUGCUCCCCCAGCAGCUGAGCCUGCCCAUGGAGAACUCCCAGGCGUGGAUUUACCCCCUGUUGUGUCUGCAGGAGUGUUGGCUUUGCUCUUUGGGGUUUUAUGUGAAUGCACUGUGGGAAGAGUUGGGUGAUGUCACUGUCCUGCUGUGCUGAUCUGGGAUGGGAAAGCAGGAAUGGGAUUAUUUUAUUCUUUUUGUUUGUUUGUUUGUUUUUGUUUUUUGGUGAAGUGAAAGAUUUCUGGCUUUUCAGUGGGUGUUCUGUAUUUUAAAUGACUGCCCCUGUGGGCAGGGGGGUCUGUAAAUGUGUUACAGACACUGCAGGUGUACCCGUGGCACUUAGGUCUGUUAGCAGGUUCCUGUUGCAGCCUGGCCUGUUCAAUGCUGUGUUUGGAGCUGGGUUGUUAUUUUAUAACUGUCCUGGUGUUCUCCUGCCAUUAUUUAUUCCCUUUGAUGUCUGGAAUGAGCCGCAUGCGUUACUGAGCAAUAAGAGGGUGUAUUUAAUGUGCCUUGUUUUUAACUGAGUCAGGACUGGAAGCAUGAACCAAUAAACUGCUUAAAAACUC